GUGAGGAGCACGAGGCGAGCGCCAAAAAACUACAGAAUACCUGCUUAAAUUUGCAGUAGAUGUAAAGUUUGUGAUGUAAAGUGACGGAUAAGUUGCCUUAGUGUCUCUCUGCAAAGAAUUAGAAGAUGGUAGAGUUUCCGUUGGGAUAUCGCGAGGUUGUACCGGAUCAAACUCUGCCAGAAAAAUGGAAAGAAAUCACCCUCAAUACUGGUGGAAGCCAGAGCACAUUGCAAGAUAUAAAAGUGCCAGAAAGAGCAGGUGGCUAUUCAUACAAAGACAGCUCCAAAUAUUUUACUCGUAACCGUUUUAUCUAUUGGCGUAUCUGCCAUGAUGUACUCGAACUGGUUGAACACAGCCUGGAUAUUAAUUUGGCAAAUUGUCGAGUGAGAUACAAAUUUACAGACACUCCAAUCUUAGAUGGGAUUUCCAUUCAUGAAACAAUCAAUUCUGUCAUUAUUUUGAUUGUCACUGUCUCCAGUGUUCACAAACUUUCAUUUUCUCAUCCGGAUAAGAUUCACAGACAAGAGAACUUGCUGGGUACAUACACAGACCUUAGUGUGCAGUCUAUAUUUAGCGAAGCUUCUGUACAAAAUGCCAGAGAUCCUCAUACAUUUCAUAUUAUUGCCAAUGCUGGGACCACAAAUUCACCAGUUCCUCACGCGGCAGCAUCGUGGCUUACAUUGCCGCAAGAAGAGGCACUGUUUGCUCUCGCCUAUAGUUCAGCUACUAUAUUACUGCUGAGGCUCGAUGCGCUCACAGGUCUCGUGCACACUAGCGAAUUGAAGCAAGACUCGAUAGUGCCCAGGUUUUUGAGCGGCAUUGCUACCGCAUUCAGAGGUCGCAAUACCGAAGCCUAUGUGGCAAUGUCCCUCGUCAUACACAGUUACGGUAGCGACAUGUACUUAUUCGCGUUAUGCCGAGAGGGCAACGUACGUAUGUGGUCUUGUAAUAAAACACAGUGCACAGCAGUGACAGAUGCGGCAAUCGAGAAUCGCAUUGUGUCCCAAGGUGCGCAAGGUCACGUCCUGAGAAAGGCGGUGGGCAACGAUAACGAGUUAUACCUCGGUACAUUCUUGAAAUUUGGUGCGGGGUGUGAAUUCAGCAUUUUGAAGCCCGUGCAAGAUAAUGGCAUAUUUAAAUUCGUUAGAUUAUGCACGCUGUAUGCGCCGGACCAACACUUGGUGGAUUUCGCAUUCACCCCCACUAGACUGUGGGCGGUGUGGAGAACGACGGACAUGGACGCUGUGGCGGUGACGCACGCACAAUUACCACUGAAUGGUACACAUGUUAAUUCCGAAUGGGAAACUACAAUUCUGGAGCAGGCGCGCGACCGGGAUUACAUCGUGAGCGAUCCUGGGACGGACCCGCGUCAGGCGUAUAUCAAUUACAUCUUCCAUCCCGGCCAAUUUUCACUGGCGGACAUCACGAAGGCGCUAAGUAUCUACAGAAGGUCUAAUCUCAUCGCAGACAUGACUCUGUCGCCAGCAGUGCUGAAGGAGAGAGUGUGUAUGGCGGUGGAGGCCGAGAUGCAAGCGGAGGUGAUGGAUUACGUGAUCAUGGACGAAGAUUAUCUGGAGAUUGCCAACAGAUGCUGGUCCAAGUUUUACUCGUGUGUCGUCCAGUAUCACGCUAACGGCACGCGUCCUGUAGGCUUAUUGCUGCUACCAAGCGUCUAUGGCGUCGUGCUGCUGAAGAAGUCGUCGUUCUCACUUCUGAGACCAAUGGAGGCACUGGAACAUCUGGUGCUCUGCAACGAGAAAUCCUACACGUUCCGCUUCAAGACAACACCUGUUCUGUCGCAGGACGAGGACACUUGCCAGGAUCUCAUCAUCCUGAUGUCCGCAUUAGUCAUGCUGGGGGAACAAUUGGCGGAAGAAAUUAAAACAGAGAUCGAGAGAGAACUGUAUCAUCUGAGAAGUCCAGAUAUCAUAAUCGACGAUCUGCUGUUGAAGCUGAUGCUGGAGAAACCCGACGAUCCAUUGUCGGAUUUCGACUUCCAGUCGGAACUCUAUCACAAACUGGGCAACGUGAAAGACAUAUCCGGUGCUAUGGCCAUGCUGUUGGAAGCGUUGACGUACGACCUCGGGCAGCCAAAUAAGCUACAAUUCGAGAACGAUCAUGACGCUUCCAAGGUCCUGCUGCACGUUAAUCACCUGUUCGGCAGUCAAUUGGGGAUUUCCGCGGUGUCGGAGACUAUUACGCAGAUUGCGCUCCUGAGAUUCUCCAUCUGUAGGGACCUAUUGAUCCUGCAGCAGAUUAUACUGCAACGUCCCGAGAUAUUCGACUCGAGAUCUCUGCACACCAUACGAUCGUCGUUGGCGCCGAGGACCGUCGUGCUUACCCAGGCUUACUACGUCGUCACGUGGAUAUGCGAGUCCACAGCGACGUACACUCCUUCGCAGUCGUUGCUAGAGUCCAGUGCUCAGCGUCUUUCGACGUUGAAGCUCACCGACUCGCGAGUUAGCGUUGGGCAGAGGCAGCAUCGAUCUUUGUCGCUGUUGGAGCUAUUCGUUCAAAGCAGCGGUACGAAACACGCUCACAUCCUAAUGGCUCAAGCGAAUAUGGACCCGACAACUUUGAUACCUUGGCACUACAGCAUGCUGACGCACGUGACGCUUCUUGCGCAGCUCAUAUGGCCAAUUUCCGGCAACUUCGUGUUCCCCGAAUGGCUGCUAUCCAGUUGUCAGUUCCUGCUCGUUCAGGAAUACGUGAGGCUCCUCAACAUGUGGUGCGAGUGGAACAGCGCUUCGAGGAAGUUCAUACUAGCAGUUGCCUUGUUGGAGAUGGGGGAGAUGCAGAAGGCGUGCGAUCACUUUCUUCGUGCUUCCAACGGCAUCCUGACCGAUGUGUUCUUGGUGGACGCUCUGCUCGGCUCUAAUGUCACAACGGGGAACAGCGCGUUGAUACAUUAUUACCUGAAAGUAAUCAAACUGUUCGAAGAGCACAACGCGUCCGACUGUAUCAUAGAGAUCGCCGAGACAGCCAUAGCGGCUGCCGACACGGACGAUCCAAAUUUACCGACGCUCCAUUCCAUAAUAUUCGCGCAGCACUUGAGCCUGGGCCAUCACACAGAGGCUUACCACUGCUUGAACGCGAAUCCAGACGCUGCGCGUCGAGUGGAUUGCCUGCGGCAGCUGGUGGUCACGCUGUUCGAAAGGAAACUGUUGAUAGACUUGAUCUCCUUUCCAUACGUGGAUAUGUACGAGGAUCUCGAAAGGAUAGUAGAGGGCAGAGCCAGAAGCGUCGAUCUCAUGGAGAACAAUUAUUAUAACUUCCUGUAUAGCUUCCACGUGAAUAAGCAAAAUAUGCGAAAAGCCGCAUCGGUGAUGUACGAGCAAGCCAUGCGUUUAAGUCAAGAGUCGCAUUCCGCACCGAUCAUAUCGAGACAAGCUCAAUGCUUACUGGCGUGCAUUAACGCUCUGCACCAUGUGAGUGAGAAAUACAGAUGGAUCGUGAGGCCUGUAAUCGAUCAGAACUUUGCCGACGAAUCGGGCUCGUCGAAUCCGCAGAAGAAGAGAGGCAUAGACGGCAAGGAGGUGUUGCACUAUAAAAUCAAGAAACAAGUCGAAGUCCUCGAGUUGGACGACAUCAAGAAGGAGUAUUACAUAGUGGACGCGAGAUUGAAGAUAUCGAAAGUCAAUUCGGAAAUGCAUAUAGUCGCGCACACUGAACCACCCGAACUUAUCGUUACCUUAUGCAACACCGGCCUGUACACAACGGCGUUGCACUUGUGCGACGAAUUCAAGAUCAGCAAAACCUCUGUACUCGAAAGCCUGACGUCGCAGUGCAUCAUGCUAAGCCAACGCGAGGAUCCGAACGCCUGGGACUGGCUGAUACAGAAUGACAUAUUCGAUAUCGGUAUAUCCAAUACGACUAUUACAAAUACCGCUUGGAGGCUGUUGGAGUACUUCACGUUGAAACACGAGAAAAAUGCCAACAGUGAACUGCACAAAGCCGUUGCGAGGAAGUUGCUGCAAGACGGAGCAUUCCUGCCGCAAUGGCUACUGAUAUCGUAUAAGAAACGAAAUGCCUCGGAGCUUUUGCGUCUCAUGUUAAAUACUGGUCGACUGUUGGAAGCGAGCGAUUUAGCGGUAGAUUAUAUCAAUGCAGUAUUGGGCAGCGGAAAGGAACACUUUGGCCUGGAAACGCCGUUAGUAGCUACCGCGCCACCGACCUGGUUGCCAUUCAACACGAUAGAAGUACUUUUAAGCGAAUUAGAAUAUUUGAAGGAUAAAGAUUCUAUUUACACAGAGAGUUACGAGAGAUUAUAUGCAACAUUAGAGAAGUACAUAGAAAUGGUAAAACGCGUUUCGGACGAUAUGAUCAGGAUGAAGAUGAUGAGCGAGCACUCCUAGUAAAUUAAGCAAAUUCCGUGUAUCACCUCUCGACCAGCCUCCUGUGAUGUACAUAUUUAUAUCGGUUUUACAUUGUCAUUACAGCAACUGUAAUAAUAUCAAUUUGUCAUGAGAUUAAUUUUGAUUUCUACAUUACGGUUAAAGAUGAAAUUUCCAUUAUAUGAUAAGAGUAUGUGUUUGUAUGAUGAUUUAAAGUGCCAACAAUUAAUUGUAACACUCGGUACAUCUUGUAAGAGUGCAGAUUCUGGUAGAAAUCCUUUUGAGAGUGUCUUUUUGUUGAGAAUGUCAAAUUGUUAAUUUUCACAACUGUUUGUUACAUAUAAUUAUUUAUUAUUGUCUCAUUUUUCUUCAAAUAUUUUUAUAUAUAAUAAAAUUGUACAUUGUUAUACAAAGUGUUCCGUCAUCAGACACAUCAAUUCUUUCUACCUUGCCUAAUCUGCAGUUCAGCAAGACGUAUCACAUUCAAUGUUCUCAUUAAAGACUGUUACUAAUUUCCAUUUUUUUCUAUGAUAGUAUGUAAUAUUAACUAAUAUUAAUUAUUCUUUUCAUUUUUACAUUAAGCUAAAAUCAACAAACUAUCAACAAAAUUCUAACCAUUU